GGAAAUCGCAAUUUCCGUUCAAAAUGGCUGACAUAACUAUGCCUAUUUUUGUUCCAUCUGAAAAACCUGUAAAAAUCAUCAAGUGGAAAAUCAAACAAGGUGCAUUUGUUUCGCAGGGUCAAAUAUUAUUUUUGUUCAAUGAUUCGUCAGGCAGUAACACGGAAUUGAAGAAAUAUAAGGUUGUGCGCGCUGGUACUAUCUCAUCGAUCAAGGUGAAGGAAGGAGACAUCGUAGAACCUGGAAACCCAGUUGCCGAGAUAGAAGAAUGUCGACACACAACUGUUAUGAAGGAAAUGUGUGCAGAAUGUGGUGCAGACCUCCGCACCGACGAUGGCCCAAAACGCGACGUUGCAGUCGUUCCCAUGGUUCACUCAGUACCUGAACUCAAGGUCUCUGAAGAAUUGGCUCAGAAACUUGGACGAGAAGAUGCAGAGCGUCUUUUGAAGGACCGCAAGCUAGUGUUACUUGUGGAUUUAGAUCAAACAUUGGUCCACACUACAAAUGAUAACAUACCUCCGAACUUGAAGGGUGUACUACAUUUCUUCUUACGAGGCCCUGGGAGCUCCGGCCGCUGGUGCCACACUAGAUUUCGCCCAAGAACAAAGGAGUUCUUGGAAUCCGCCGCCAAGAACUAUGAGCUCCAUGUAUGUACAUUUGGCGCUCGGCAGUAUGCACAUGCAAUUGCAGACCUAUUGGAUCCAGAGAAAAAGUUUUUCUCUCACAGAAUUUUGUCUAGAGAUGAAUGCUUUGAUCCCAGAACGAAAGCAGCUAAUUUGAAGGCGCUGUUUCCUUGCGGUGACAACAUGGUGUGUAUCAUAGACGACCGGGAAGAUGUGUGGAGGCAUGCAAGCAACCUCAUACAUGUCCGGCCUUACUCCUUCUUCCAGUCUACAGGGGAUAUUAAUGCACCGCCUGGAGCUGAUGAUAAGUCAAGAUUAAUAAGUGGUAAAAAUGGUUCACAACCUUCAGUUGUACAUCAAAUGCCGACAUUAGACUUAGAACCAGAACAAAAAGGUGAAAGCGUGGAUAAAAGUAAAGAGCCAAGUCAAGAAAAUAUAGAAAAUGAUAGUGAUAACAGUAAAAUACUCCCUAAAGAUAAGGAAAAGUCCAGUGAAGAGAAGAAUGCAGAAGAUUUGGAGAGGAUAGAGGAAGAGGUGGAGCCUCGCUGGGUAGAAACGGCUGAUGGCCAGAUUGAAGUAGAAGAUCCUGAUGAUUAUUUGAUAUAUUUGGAAGAUAUCCUUAAGAGGAUACACAAACAUUUUUACGAGCUCUACGACAGAUCGGAGAGCAAGCAGAUCCCGGACCUCAAAAUGGUGAUCCCGGAAGUGAAAAGCGAAGUGCUAUCUGGCGCGAGCCUGGUGUUCAGCGGGCUGGUGCCCACGCACCAGAGGCUGGAGACAUCGCGCGCGUACCUCGUCGCUAGGAGCUUAGGCGCGGAAGUCACGCAAGACUUCACCGAGAACAGUACGCAUUUGGUCGCGGUUAGAUCAGGAACAGCAAAAGUGAACGCCAGCCGACGCCUAGGCGACAACAAAGGUGGCAAAUUGCAUGUGGUGGCCCCGGAGUGGCUGUGGGCCUGCGCUGAGAGGUGGGAGCGGGUCGACGAGAGGCUCUACCCUUUGCAACGAGGCGGGCAGAGCAGCAGCCGCCGGCCGCCCGCGCACUGCAGCUCGCCGCCGCCCGCGCCCGCGCUGCGCCGCCGCACGCCGUCCGGCCGCUUCAUGGACACGCUCAACCCGCUGCUCUCCUUCUCCAGCGACGACAUCGCCGACAUGGACCGAGAGGUAGAAGAUAUAUUCAACGAAUCGGAUGAGAGUUCAGCAGAUGAAUCCAAACCAUUAGAGGACGACUUGGAUGAUGAAGAGAAUCCACCAGAAGACAGAUUGUUGUCUGUUGAAACAGAAGAAGACACACAAGAUAGAUUACAAGAUGCACUAGGUUUAGGAGAUAGUGAUUCAGAUACAGAAGACGGUUCCUCUCGCCCCCGAAAGCGACCGCGGCCAUCCUCCCCACCGUCGGAGGACGAGCCCCCGGACGACGACGAUAGCUCUUGGAAUCUCAUGGGGGCUGCUCUGGAGAGAGAGUUUCUGUCACAGGACUGAUGCAUGCACACGUGCCCACGGCGAAAUACAACGUUCUUUCAUC